ACCAAAACCAUCAUUAUUUUUACUUACUAAAUUCGAAACAAUUACUCAGCGAGCAAUGGCAAGCAUCCCGAACCACGAAAACUCAUGGGCCGAUCAGUGGGACUACAACCCCGACCCUCUUCCUGCUUCCUACACCAAGAGCUCCGGCGGCGGUGCAAAGGCGAAAUAUGGUAAAAAAGUGGAGGAAGGGUUUGGGAAGACGAAGGCAGUUGCAGCAAACGGCAUGAACAAAGUGAAGGUCGGGACUCAAUUUGGGUUCCACUGGAUCAAGGACAAGUGCCACAAGACUACCGGAAAACAGUAGGGCUACGUACAUAGCUACACAGCUUGAUCGUUCUCUGAUUUUUGUGACCUUCUGUUUGUUGUUUUUGUUGUAUAUUUUGUACACGGAUUUGAUUGUUUAUACUCUGGUUAAUAAAUGAUUUUUUGAUUUGUA